ACAGACUAUUUUCAUGAUCAUGGGAGGUGUGAGAGAAUUGCUGCUCUUUGUGGUGACUGUGGGGGUUGUGAAAGUUUCUUGUUACCCUGUUGGAAAGUCCCAGAAGCUAGAGCAAGUCUCUCUGCAGAGGAGACUUGGAGAGCUGUCAUCAAAUGACGUCUCCGUUGUGCAUGCCCUGGCCUUGCUCCGAUCCAUAGGGUCUGACGCUAAACAAGACAGAAGAGUAUUUCGAGACUAAUGACGUAGAAUCCCAAGCUUCUCCAAACCAUGGUAGCUCUCUGGCAAAUGAUAACCUGUCCUCUGACGACGCUGCCACUGGCCCGUCUGACGACGCUACCUCUGAAGCUGCCACUGGCCCGUCUGACGACGCUACCUCUGAAGCUGCCACUGGCCCGUCUGACGACGCUACCUCUGAAGCUGCCACUGGCCCGUCUGACGACGCGGCCUCUGAAGCUGCCGCGACCGGCCCGUCUGACGA